AUGGAAUACUCAUGGGGAACAGUUGUCAGUGUGACUCUCCUCACCACAGUCUUGCUGAGUCAAGAUUUUCUGCCAGGAGCAGAUGCUAGAGUGCAAGAUCCAGUGAUCACAGUUGAAUCCACCAGUGUCACACUAACCAUCCUCAUCCCCAACAGUGAUCUGGCCAAGUCUGCAAGCUACAUUACACUCAGACAUGAUACAGAAAGCCAGCUCGGUCUCACAGACGUUGUGUUCCUAAUGAACAACGUUUCCAGAAUUAAAGAUAUUUAUGGAGACAGACUGUCUGUUACAAGGACAGGUAACAGUGUGGCAUUGUCACUGAAAAAUGUCUCCGCAGCAGACGCCGGCACAUACAGAUGUUUUUCUAGCUCCAGCAAUGUGGUUAUACCCAACUGUGGACAGCUUCUCAUUGUUGUUCGCAAGCCUAACCCUCCCACUGUGAAAGUGUUGCCACUGUCUGGGGUCCUGGUGGGGUCAGACUUACAUCUAGUGUGUGAGACCCACUCGACCAGCCUUCCUCCGAGUCACAGACUGACCCCAGAAAUCUUCUGGUAUGAUCACCAGGGACAAAACGUACAUCCUUCAGAGAGAGAUCGCAGGAUCCACGUGAACUCAGAGAGCCAGUUGGUCAUCAGAAGUCUGCGACGGACGGAUCAGCAACUCAAGUUUUACUGUAUCUCUGCUGACGACACAGGUGGUGUGGUGGCGAGGAUGAUGUCAGACCCUAGUGAUAUGUUUGCUGUAACCCCACAGUACAAACCAACAGCUGAAGACUUCAGAUUGUCCCCAGUCUUUGAGUCUGACGAUGUCAUGAAAAGGGUGAUAGGUCAGCAGGUGUCGUACCGAUGUGACGCAGACUGCCAACCUCCAUGCGACAUCAUGUGGUUAUAUAAGCCCUUCGGAGGAUUGGCUGGGAUCGGUGAGGUUACAAACUUGGCAGACAAAAAAGUCUUGAGUUUGGAUGUCUCCAGAAUCAACGAGGGGUUGUACCGGUGUAAAGCUGAGAAUAGACAUGGGGUCAUCAACAAAACUUUCUAUCUGGAGGCUUUGUACAUUGGGAACCCAACGACUCUUGUCAACGAACAGGAAGUGAGCAGUCUACGACUACUUGAGGACAGUCAUGUGGAUCUGUCAUGUGUUUUUGACAGCAAUCCUGGCCCACUUGUCACGUGGAGCUCGCCAUCAAAGGGCAUCUUGUCAGCUCAGACAGCAACAGGUCCUCGAGAGAGAAUGGCCAGCAAUGGCAUCUACCAGAGGGUGUACACCAGCAACCAGUCGUUGUCACACCUCAGGUGUGAGCAUACUGGAGUCUACACCUGUGACGGCAGGAACAAUGUCAGUGCUGGGCAGGGCCGGAUUCUCUUGACCAUCAUGUGUCCCCCGUCCAGCGCUGGUGUCCCUGGCUUGGAGCUACUGCCUGAAUAUGUCUGGGAUAUACCACAUGCCCUGACCAUCACCUUUGUCAUCAGAGCCUUGCCUGAGCCAGACAUCACUCGUAUCUUCUCCGUCAUCAGGGGGCAUUCUCGCAAAGAAGAGAUUCCCAGAGAUUUUGUCAUUAGCAAAUCAAAGAUGUAUGAAGGGAAACCUCACCUGACCAGGUUUACGUUAACUAGCAGACGCAACCUUGACCUCAGAGAUGAUGGGCGAGUCUUGGCUGUAACAGUGGAGUCAUCAGAAUUCACCAAGGAGUUCUUGUUUACGAUUCGUCCUCGAGGAAUUCCUGGGGAAGUGGUCAACUUGACGGCUUGGGAUGUGAACCAUGAUUCUUUGAUGUUGUCAUGGACGCCAGGCUUCAAUGGUGGAGAGGUUCAAACUUUUCUGGUAGAACUUCGAGUCAAGGGCUCAUCUCAGUGGAUGUUAUUCAUCAGCAACAUUCCAGACCCAGCAGCUGGCAAGUGGGUGACGGUCCAGGUGGGUUCCCUGGUCAGCGGCACCAGUUAUAUCGUCAGGGUGACGGCCGUGAAUAGACUGGGUUCCACCUCAGCAGAAAUUGAAGUCACCACUCUGGCUGCCCCAGAUGAGUCACUUGGGUCUGGUGCUGUUGCUGGAAUUGUCUUGCUAGCCCUUGUCAUUAUAGCUGUCAUUAUUGUCAUUAUCUACUGCAUUGUGUGCAGACGUCGACAACAAGGGGAUUAUUCAAGUGACGAUGAGGAAACAGAAACUCGGAAAUCUAUGCUUCCCAAACAGAUAUCCAAUCUGUUGACAUGGAAGACUUGUCGCACAGCACAGGAUGCUGAUGACACCUGGCCUAGUGAAGACUGCUGGCUAGGAACGUGGCCUAGAAUGUCCACAGUGCU